AGUUUCACAGGUAGCUAUGCUUGUAGUUAAAGGGUCUAACUGAAUAUCUGGUUCAUCAGUUUGACGGCAUUCAUUGAAGGGGCAAUGAGGAACUUGAGUAUUCUUUUUCUGUUGGCUGCUGUAUGUGCAGUGCUGGUCUACUGUGAAGAAAGUGAAGAUCAAGCCACAGCUGUUUCAAGCUGGUUCCGUCGACCAAACAUCUGUCGUCUUGUUCGCUGCAAGUCUCCAAGAUGUCCUCAUCCGAAACGAGGGCGAUGCUGCUCCUAUUGCCCCAAAAAGCAAGGAAUCUGCCAUUUGCCUAAAGUGACCGGUCUCUGCAAAGCUUACUUCCCACGCUAUUAUUUCAGCAAGAAAUCUGGAGAAUGUGAGAAGUUUAUUUAUGGUGGUUGCGGAGGAAAUGCCAACAACUUCAAAACACUCCAGCAGUGCCAGCAAAAGUGUGGAAUUUGCAAUUUGCCUAAAGUGACCGGUCACUGCAAAGCUUCCCUCCCACGCUAUCAUUUCUGCAAGAAAUCUGGACACUGUGAGAAAUUUAUAUAUGGUGGUUGCGGAGGAAAUGCCAACAACUUCAAAACACUCCAGCAGUGCCAGCAAAAGUGUGGUGCUCGUGGAAAGUGUUGAAAAGAGUUUGGUGUGUGAACUUUCAAAACUCAAGUAUAGCAGAAAAAAUAGACCUAGAUAUAUUUAGUAUAGUCUGAGCGUUCACAAUCAAUCAAAGUUUUAGUGAUAACAGUAUACUGUAAUGUUAGUAUGCACACAGUGUCGUAUAUAUAGAAAUAAACCGUUUAAAUAA